AUGAGUGACUCUCCAACUCCGUGGGAGCACAUAAAUCGCUUCUACCAGACAACCCGUAAACCCAUUCAGUUGUUUGUGGCCUAUCACGCCGAUGCGGCCGCCGCAUCUCUUACACUGACUUCUCUCUUAAAGGCCUGUUUUAUUCCUUUUAACCUCCAUCCUAUCUUUGAAUAUGCAGAGGCGAGAGAGGUGAUUCAACGUACAAGCCAGGCGCAGGAUACAGAGAGACUCAGUGAUGAUGAGCCGCCUGUGGAUGAACUCUUUGUUCUCAUUGGUCUCGGUGCCCCAGUGGCAUUGCGAUCUUUCUUUGAUCUCCAACGACACAUUGUAGUGGUAUUAGACUCCUAUCGACCAUUCCUUCUGGACAAUCUUCGCGCAGAUGAUAAUACACGACUCAUAGUCUGGGGACGCGAACGUAUUCACGAGGAAGUUGAUAACUUCUUUCGUGAUCAACAACGGCGAGAACGUCGUCGACGUCGACGUCGUCAAACACGCAGAGAACGACGUCGUUUACGUGCAUAUGGAAAUAGUGAUGCAGAUAAGGAUGAGGAUGAUGAUGAUGAUGGGAGUGAGUAUAGCAGCGACGGUAGUGACACUAGUGAUGAUGAUGAUGAUAUGGAGGAAGAUGAGAAUGAAAUGACCCCUUCGCAAAGUCAAGAACGACUUGAUUGGAUGAAUGAAGGAGUUCCAGAGUUUUUAGAACAAAUGUAUUAUGCUGCGGAGUGCGGUGGAAAGAGUUGCGCACUUGAAGUAUAUGAUUUAGCGAUUCUUCUCAAUCGUGUGAAGGAGCCAGUGUUGUGGCAUGCGGCUGUAGGCGUUUGUGAUCUCUUUACUAGACGUCUCAUUGACUAUGGAACUUAUUUAGUAGAGAUGCGACGUUUACAUAAUGAAGUCACCCUUCGAAAAGGCAUUCGUCGUGGUCCAUUAGAUGAUGUCACGGAUGAGAAUAUUAAUCGAUUUCACAAGGUUGCCGCCUCUACUAAUACAAUGCAGCUUGUGAACUUUGAUGAGGAUCAACUUUUCCUUUUACGUCACUUCUCACUAUGGGGAGCGAUGUGGUAUCAUCCCGUAGUGGCGAGUCUCUUAAGUCUACACCACGUGGAGGAUGGAGUGGGUACACUGCGGCAGCUGUUAGCACGCUGUGGGGUCUCGGCAAAGUUAGCCCAACAACCCUGGCGGGAAGUGCCGGAUGAUGUGAAGAUAGAAUCACAGAGACUUGUCCAUCAGGAACUGAAACAAUUACUGCGAACACGAGGGAGUUUUAUUAGAAGUCCUACACAAAUUCGUUGUGUGGCACGAACGGCGGGAUAUAGUGUGGAAGUGUCUACCUUUGAUGUCUGUACACUCUUUACAGCCUUUCUUGCGGCUGUACCACCAAGUAAUAUCUUUAUUGAGGAAGAGGAAGGCGAGAGAGAAAGAGGGAAUAGAAGUGAAAUAUCAUCUGUACAAGAUAAGUUACGUGAAUUCCGCCGAGAACAGUUCUGGCGUGCACAUGAUAUCAUUGAUGCCGAUCCAAAUUGUAGAGCUUUUACAGCCGCCGUGCAGGAAGCGCAAUCUCUACAAGAGUCCGUCGCCGCCGCUACGAGUGCAUUGAUGCAGCCGGGAAUGAUUCAAAGCACAAAAGGCAUUCAUUACGCAAAGCCAAGUGAUCCCACAAAUGCCUCCACCGCAUUAGAAACAUUCGGUUCACCCUUUCGACUAGCGGUAUUAACAGAACGACUCUUGUAUACAUUAACAGUGGAGAGAGGAUUGGGUAAAUACACACGAGAGGUUCGCCCGGUACUUCUCUCCUGUCCUCUACCGCGGACCAUCACCGCAGCCGCACAGCGGCAACAGGAACAACAACAACAACAACAGGAGCGACAACAAUUAUUGGCACAAACAGAAGAAUCAUUUGUGGUGGUGUUUGGCCAUGAAGGUCCAACAACGGCUGGAUUAUCUCCACUUGUGCCUGUGGCCCACUGGAAUGAUUGUGUGACGAACACAGAAGAUUUUCUCGUGCCGCCGCUGCGGGAUUAUGUGCGGCGUGAUGUUGUGAUUGUGGAGGGCCGCGAGUCCACGGCACACUUGGCAGAGAUGUUGCAUCUCCGCUCUUUAGCAGGGGGACUGUAG